AUGAUACGCGAUGAUGCGAAGACGGAUUUUGUGGAAUACAGAAAAAAUAGGGACAUUGAUAAGGUAGCAUUAGCUGCACCCUCAAAAAUCAAAUCUACCAAAAGCAAUGUAUGUAAUAAGACACGAAAAAUGGCCGUAAAGAGGUGCGACUGCCAGGGUAUGACCCAUGAGAUUGUGGCAAAUUGUAUAAAAUGUGGAAAACUAUACUGCUCAUCCAAUCAUGAGCUUACCAACUGCGAUUUCUGUAACGGAUUUGUUGCAGAUCCACGAAGCUCUGGUUACGAGGCGUGGUUUGAACAACAAAUGCAGUGUCCAGAUUUUUUUAAGGCAAUAAAACAAAGGGAUAGGAUGAUCGAACAUGAAAGUUAG